UGAAAUUUUGGAAACAUGUCUCUGAUAAACGUAAAUAAUAACUUAAAGUUCAUUAAAUGUAAUAAAUUCAUCUGGAUAGGUUAUUAACUAUGGAAUUUUAAACGCAGCAUAUUAAUAAUAUAAAUGGCUACUUCCAUCGUUAUUUAAAAUAUGGCUUAUUAACUGAUUUGAAAAUUUAUAUGGAUGCGAUAGCUCUCAGUCUAAACAGAGUAAAUUAUCUAGUUUUUGUAUUUUGGUUCAUACGAACUGUCAAAAAUUGGCUUCAUGGAUUAUGUACUGGUCAUGACACACCACAGAAUUUCAAAACAAUUUCUUUUUUGGUUUUGUCUUUCAUCUUCUGCACACUUUGUUGUUAUCCUAUUUUUAUAUACAUUGCUUACUUUCUCACGUGCCGCUAUUAUCCAUGGUUUGUUACUGCAAUUUUGAUUUAUCUGGAAAGGUCAUGGCUAUACCCGCGCCAAAAGAGGCGUGUCGUACUUCAAGUGUGUCCAUCUUACGAAACUUCUUCCAUACCUUACUGCAAAUCAGAACCAUUUGAAAUCUCGGGUUUACUGAGUACUACUACGUUCAAUGAACAAGAAAUAGACGGCGGUUCAGAAGCAUUUGAAAUCUCUGGUUUAGUGAGUACUCCUACGAACAAUCAACAAGAAGUAGACGGUGAUUCGCAACCAUUCGAUGUUUCUGACAUGCCGCAUCCUUUACCGAACGAGCAGCAAGGAAUCACUGAUUGCCCAGAAUCUGAAAGACAGUACGCACACAUAAAACCUAAACCUGGGGCCAAAAGCCGAAGAAAGAGGCGCGCAUUAUCUUAUCAUAAACCUCGUUUAAAUACUGUGAAAAAUAAAGGAAAUCUAGUUACACGUUCAGGCUUAGUAUACAGAAGUACCCUACCAUUGAUGGAAUGAAAAACAGAUUAGUAACCUUAAGUUCCCAGAAAGUUAAGUGAAAAUGUCUGUUUCUGUAAGCAGUGAAAUGAUAAGUAAUGAAGCCUUUGUUAAUAAACGAUAAAAUAAAAUUUA